AUGUUCUUUGUGAACGAAGAGCAAUUCACCAGCAGAGGCGGUGACCUCGUCGACUACACUACGGUCCGUCAACUAAACGACUAUGCAAGCGACCAUCUCAAAGCAUGGGAAGAUCAUAAGUUUGGGGAUGGUAAAAGUAUGCGGAAAACACAACAUGAGACGUUGGUUUGUGUAUUGGAACAUCUCCAACUAUUCAACGCCCACGUCGGAUCCUUUCCUCCAAAAUGGGGAGAUCCAAAUCAACCCAUCUAUCUCCGGUCCAAAGACUUGAUCGAGAAGUUGAAGGUGAUUACGGCUGAAGAGGAGGAAAAGCAGAGAGCGAAGGAAGGGCAGUGGUUAAUAAAUAAUGAAGAGGAAAAAAGGAAGACAGAUGAGAAGAUUGCUAAGGAAUACCAGAAGAAACAUCCUGAAUGGGAUGGCAAGGGGCCGGGGCCUGACUUUGAUGAGCGGCCUCCUAAUGCGCUGAGGCAGAGGUUCAUGACUUAUGAUUGA